UUAAACUCCUUCAGGAAGCUAUUUUCUUCGACAAUGCCGUUUGAUUUUCGCUAUUUUAAAUCAUCGUUAAAGUGAUUUCGACUUUUUUUUUUGUUCUAAAUUCCUUUUUCUAAAGAUUUUAGAAUGGUAUUGUUAAUCUGUACUAAAAAGAAACCAAAAUAUUCCAUCAAAAGAAUCUCUUAAUCUGUUGUUAUUGGAUAAAAUAAACUGUAUUUCGUUAAACAAAUCUCUGCUCUGUGUUGUCCUUGUUUCACCCCCUGCUGUCGAGUCUAGAGCAACUGAAUGAGAGUGCUGCUAAGAUGAAUGCUAGAUUUAUUUGUUUGAGCAUUUUUAUCGUUUUUUUUUUCAUUGAAGAUAUUUAAUAUUUUGAAAAAAAAAGUAUUUUUCUUCUUAAAUUCAUCAUUUGAAUUUUUUUUGUUGUCUUGGUCUUUAACGGUUUUGUGUUCCCUUAAAAGAUUUUCCAUAAAAGUUUUUUUUUUUUUUUGAGAUUUUUUUUUUUGGUUUUAGAAGAAAGUAUGAUUUUAGUUGUUUAUUGAUGGUCUAUCUUGUAGUUCUAUCUUUCUUUUUGGUUUUUCAUCUUAUCAGAAUUGCUGGUGACAUUUUACUAAUCUGUGAUGAUAUUUGAAUUGGGAAAAUCAUUUGAUGUUCAUUUAUAUGAUGUUCUUUGUUCAAAGUUCUCAGAAUUAUGAUUUAAAGUAGCCUAAUUAAGCUGGGGGAGAAGGGGUGAGGGAGGUGGCAAAAGCUCCUCUGCUUCACCCUGCCAAACUCAGUUUGGUAUUAUAUUUACUGUCAGUUUCUUUUAUUUGCCUUUCAUAGAUAAAUAUUCAAGCUUGUCUUUGGUUUCUAUUAACAAUGUUGCCUUCCUUUUCACAAAAUUUCAUUGCCUUGUCAUAAAAAAUUUUUUAUAUGAUUUUAUAUUGGUCAUCAUCUGUAUCUAAUCUUAUAUGCUGUUUCUGAAAUUUUGUAAUCUUGGGCAACUAAUCUCUCAUAUACAGUUUUUAUUUACCAUUUGUUUUCUAUGUUUGUUUAUACAGUUUCUUCUUUUUUUUUUUUUCAUUUGAAGGAAGAAUUUUAUGCUGUGGAUUUCUUACUAGAGAAUGGAUGACAUUAAUGUAUUAUAUGGCAAGAAAGCAGAAGUUCCCAUUAUCUGUUUGAAGCCAUUCAUCGAUUCAAUGAAAGUGCUUACUUUAGAACAUUGUGUUCUUGCGGAGAUUCCCAAAUGUCACCAUCCCAUAGGGUUUGUGUAGUAUAAUAAAUUUUAGUUGUUUGCAUGUUUACUAUGUUUGGUAAUUAGUGGUCUUACUUAACUAUUAAUGUAGUACUAAUGUUGUUGUUGGUCAGUUACAAGAUAGAGAAAGCAGGAGGUACUGAAGAAGCAGGUAAAUCCCCAUCUCUGCCCCCAUCACCUUCAACAGUACCAUCCAAUAUGAAGCCAGAGUGCAUGAAGCCUCCCAAGUAUUCUAUUACCAGUAGACCUGGGGUUGGGACGAGUGGACAAAAAAUAUCCCUGCUCGCCAAUCACUUCAAAGUUUCUGUCAAUGCCACAGAUGCAGUAUUUUACCAGUAUACCGUUACAAUUUCUUCAGAAGAUAAUACAGUUAUUGAAAGCAAGGGAAUUGGGAGAAAACUUGUUGAUAAGCUUUACCAAACAUACUCCUCCGAACAAGCUGGCAAAAGGUUUGCAUAUGAUCGUGAGAAGAGUUUGUACAAUGUGGGUCCUUUGCCACAGAACAUGUUUGAAUUUACCAUAGUGCUAGAGGAGUCGUUUGCAAAACGGAGUCUUGAUGGUGAUGGGAGCCCUGUUACGACUGGUAAGCGGACAAAGCAUUCUUUCCGGUCAAAGACUUACAACGUAGAACUAAGCUUUUCUGCUAAAAUACCUUUGAAGUCAGUAUCUCUUGCCUUCAAGGGAGUUGAGUCAGAUAAUCGCAUUCAGGACACAUUGAGAGUGCUUGACAUCAUUCUGAGGCAGCAAGCUGCUAACCGGGGGUGCCUUUUGGUGAGGCAGUCCUUCUUUCGAGACGAUUCGAAUAAUUAUGUUGAUGUGGGAGGAGGGGUAUUGGGCCUGCAGGGCUUCCAUUCCAGUUUUCGUCCCACUCAAGGGGCCUUGUCUCUGAAUAUGGAUGUAUCUACUACAAUGAUUCUAAAGCCUGGACCAGUGUUUGAUUUUCUAAAACUCAACCUGAAUGUAAAUGAUGAUAAUUUCUGGCCAAAGGCCAAACGAAUGUUGAAGAAUAUGAGGAUUAAAACAAUGCACCGUAAUAUGGAAUUUAAAAUAAUUGGUCUGAGUGAGAAGCCCUGUGCUGAACAAUACUUCCCAAUGAAAGUGAAAAAUGGUGACUUUGGUGAGGGGCAGACUGUUUUGAUCACAGUGUAUGAGUAUUUCACUAAACACUGUGGCAUCGAACUUACAUAUUCUGCAAGCAUGCCAUGCCUUGAUCUCUGUUCACUUGUUUCACUUCAGCGGUAUACAAAAGCAUUAUCUUCUAAUCAAAGAGCAACCCUGGUUGAAAGAUCCAGGCAAAAGCCUCGGGAUAGAAUACGAACUCUGAUUGAUGUUGUGAGAAGCAACUGCUUGGAUGAUGAUCCUGUACUGUCUGCAUGUGGAAUUUCCAUUGAAAAGCAAUUGACUGAAGUUGAUGGCCGUGUGCUUGAGACCCCAAGGUUGAAGGUUGGUAAUCAUGAGGGUUGUAUCCCACGAAAUGGACGAUGGAACUUUAAGAACAAGAGACUUCUGGAUCCAAAAAAAAUUGAACGUUGGAUUGUAGUCAACUUCUCUGCCCGCUGUGACAUCAGUUGAAUUUCAAGGGAUCUUAUCAGUUGUGCAAGAAACAAGGGCAUUGAAAUGGAAUGCCCUCACUCAUUGAUUGAGGAGGAUCGACAUGCUGUGCAAGCCAGCCCUGCUGCUAGAGUGGAAGUGAUAUUUGAUCAGAUUAUAUCCAAGCUUCCUGGCCCUCCCGACUUCAUUCUAUGUGUCUUGCCAGUGAGGGAGAAAUCUGAUAUUUACGGACCUUGGAAGAAAAAAUGUCUUUGUGAUAUUGGAAUUGUUACACAAUGCAUUUGCCCUGGAAAAGUUAAUGACCAAUACCUCACAAAUGUGCUCCUUAAGAUCACUGCAAAGCUUGGAGGAAUCAAUUCUUUGUUGGAAAUAGAGCAUCAUCCCUUAAAUCUCCCAUUGAUAAAAGAUACUCCUACAUUGAUUUUGGGAAUGGAUGUCUCUCAUGGCUCCCCUGGUCGAUCAGAUAUCCCAUCAAUAGCUGCUGUUGUUGGUUCGCAUUGUUGGCCUCUGAUUUCAAGGUAUAGAGCAUCUGUGAGAACACAAUCACUGAAGGUGGAGAUGAUUGAUGCUUUAUGUAGGCCUUCACCAAACGGAAAUAAUGAUGAUGGUAUUAUCAGGGAAUUGCUUGUGGAUUUCUAUAAGACGAGCAAUGGUCUCAAACCAAAACAAAUUAUUGUCUUCAGAGAUGGAGUAAGUGAAUCUCAAUUUAACCAAGUUUUAAACAUUGAGUUGGACCAAAUAAUUAAGGCAUACCAGCAUCUGGGCGAGGCUGAUGUUCCCAAGUUCACAGUAAUUGUUGCUCAGAAGAAUCAUCAAACUAAAUUAUUCCAAGCAAAAGCCCCUGAAAAUGUUCCCCCGGGGACAGUUGUGGACACAAAAAUUGUGCAUCCAAGAAACUAUGAUUUCUACAUGUGUGCUCGUGCUGGGAUGAUUGGAACAUCUAGGCCAGCCCAUUACCAUGUCUUGCUUGAUGAGAUAGGUUUCUCUCCUAAUGACUUGCAGCAUCUUAUCCACUCUUUGUCCUAUGUAUACCAAAGGAGCACAACUGCUAUCUCAAUUGUGGCUCCUAUUUGUUACGCCCACCUUGCUGCACAGCAGGUGGGACAAUUUUUGAAGGAGGAACUUUCAGAAACAUCUUCAGCACACAUUACAUCUGCAGGAAGUAUCCCUGUUCAAGACCUUCCCAGGUUGAAUCAGAAAGUGGCAGGCUCAAUGUUCUUCUGUUGAGGAGCUACUGCUUCUGGUUACUCAUUUUGGUAAAUAACUUCUAACUGUAGAUAGUUUGGGCAGCUAGGGUAUACAUACAAUAGGCGGCAGGCAACCCCAGUUUUUUGCUUUCAGUGGGUUGGGAUAUUUAUUUAUGAGGCCCUUAUAAACACAAAUCAACGUUGUGACUUUAACCAUCUGACAAAUGCUUAGAGGUGUUAGUGAGUUACACCUUUCUUUUUAGUCUUGUUUAGGAGUAUAAAACAUUAUGUCAUAUAUUUAAUCUCAGUUGUUUAUUGUUUUCUCUUAAAAAUUUUCCAGUGCUUGAUCAUUUGGUUUCUUCACAUGGGACUCUCCAACCGGCUCACUCUAGUGAUCGUGCUAUUCCUUUGAAGUUUCCAUCAGAUAAUUAUGCUGUGAAAAAAAGCUUUCCAUUUGACAUUGAGCUUAGAAAGAGGUUGUGGUUGUCACUUUUAACCUGAAAUGGGUAUAUGCAUCCAUCUACUAUUAGUGUGAACCAUUAAAAUUUUCUGUGGUGUGGGGCUUGAUAUCGGAAUAUUUAGUAGUGCAGCUUUCUGACAUUUUGUAUUGAUUUUAAAUUGCUUUUGUGGCUUUGCCUUCAACUUCCUUUGACCAGCUUUCAACUGUCUGCUUUUUCUUUGAGAAGAAAGGGUAAUAAUUGACUUGAAAUUGCCUCUUUUUGACCUUUUGCUUUCAAUUUGUUUCUACACGUCCAUUUGGACUAUUGAGAUUGCUACAAUAUUAUAAUGUUGUCGAGUUUUAAGGUUGUACCAAAUUUAUUUGUAUUUAGGGAUAUUGGUGUG